AUCCGCGCCGGGGAGCCCAAACGACGGGAACACGUCGCUCAUGAGACCCUGAAGUCGCUUCUCCACAACGUCAUCCAAAAAAGGAAUUAACAACCCACGCGGCCCAAGUCUUUUAUCAGCAAUUUGAUGAACACGAUGAACUUUCUGCUCACUUCUCUGCUUUGUGGAUUGUACGCGCUCUUUGCCGAAGGUGUAGACGAGGAGGCCAAAGGCAAAUACGCCGUCCCUGUGCUGGAGGGGACGCACGGACAGUUGGUCCUGGAGCUCAACCAGACCCUGGAGCUCAACUGCAGGGGUCGCUGGGAGCUGUCCUGGUCCUUCCCGCCCAACUUGCCUCGCGACCGACUGCGCAUGGAAGAAUCCCGCUGCGGCAAGUCCCAACGGCUGCACUGCAGUCACCUAAGAUUGCUCGACGGAGCAGGCCCUCACCACACCGGCUCCUUCUUGUGCCGGUACCGACACCGAACACAACGGCAGACCUCGGUUUACGUGUAUGUGGCAGACAGACGGCAGCCAUUUGUGGACCAUCCAGAGAUGAGCCCCGAUGUGUUGUACAUGAAGGAGAAGCAGCCGUUGGUCAUCCCAUGCAGGGUCACGCACCCCAACGUUACCAGCACCCUGGUCAAGUACCCAAACUACAGCUUGAGUCCGGACCAGCGGAACAUUUUAUGGAACAGCAAGCGCGGCUUCACCAUCCGCACUCCCACCUUCUACUACAUUGGACUUUUCUUCUGCCAGACGCUCAUCGACGGCAUCGCGUACAAGUCGCGCAAAUACAUCGUCCACAGGCCAGUGAGUAGCAUUUUGGAAAUGUAUCUGAACACCAGCAGUCACGUCCAGGCCUUAAGAGGAGAGAGGCUAGUGCUCAACUGCACUGCCACUGGAGAGCUAAACACGAGGGUUAACAUGUCUUGGGACUACCCUGGAAAGACGAGCAACCACGGCUCCACAUCCAAGCGGCUUCUGAAGCACAGAGAUCACAUGUUGUUCUACAACAUCCUGACCGUUCCCAAGCUGCAACGCUCCGAUCGCGGCCUCUACACGUGUCGAGUCAGCAGCGGGAACAAAAUCAAACAGCAGAAAGUCACGGUUACCGUCUACGAUCGUCCCUUCAUCCGAUUGAAGCCCAGACGGGGAACCGUCAUGGAAGCUCAAGCGGGGCAGAUAUCAUACCGAAUUACACCCAAACUGCGAGCGUUCCCGCCACCCGAAGUCAUUUGGUUGAAGGACGGCAUGGUGGCGGCGGAACAAUGCUCGAGAUACCACAUAGAGGGCCAUUCGCUGGUCAUACGCGACGUGGCCGAAGAGGAUGCUGGCAAAUACACGGUGCGAGUACGGAUCCAGGAGCACGGGCUCUACCAGGAUCUCACGUUAACGCUCGUAGUUAACGUGAGUCCUGAUAUUGGUGAAAAAGGUGUGUCGUCGAAAGACCCGGGCGCCGUACCAAGGGGGAGCCGACAAACUCUGCACUGCACGUCUCAAGGGGUCCCCCCGCCGCGGGUCCACUGGCUCUGGCACCCGUGUCCGCCCAAAGGCCUGUGCGCUGCUCCGACAUCCUCCUCGGCGUGGAUCCCUGUGAGCGAAGGGCUCCCCGCCACGUCCACACACAACCGCAUCCUGAGUGUGACCCACAGACAGGAAGUUCUUCUGGGAAAGACUAAGACUGUGGGCGUUGUGGUAGUGGAUGAAGCUCUGGUGUCAGGUGUGUUUCGUUGUGUGGCCUCCAAUUCUGUCGGGAUGGACCACCUGAACAUCUACUUCUACGUCUCAGAUAUUCCGGGUGGAUUCAACGUAAGCCAGGACGAAGAACCCAGAGAAGGCGGAGGUCUGCGUCUUACCUGCAGCGCUAACAAAUACCUGUACACCACCCUGACGUGGCGCCGUCUCCACCCGGCCGGUGGUGGGGGCUGGGGCACCAGCUUGCACGGGCACCCUUCCACAGGACAGUUCUCGCGUUUUCUGCGGUUGUCGUUGAGUAACCUGAGCGCCCAGGACUCUGGCGCCUACAUGUGCGCCGCCCAGCACGGCAUCACUGGGCAGGAGGCGCACCUGGUGGCGGAGGUGAGGGUGUCAGCCCUGGAACCUCCAGUGCUGCUCAACAAUUUGACUGACUGUACGGUAAACGUCAGCAGCUCUGUGACCCUGCGCUGUCGGACCAAGGGUGUCCCGACUCCGACUGUCACGUGGUACAAGAACAAACGCGCUCUGUCCGCAGGAUCUGGAAUCGUCUUGUCCUCAAAGGAUGGCUCCCUCCAUAUCGCCCGCAUCACAGUUGAGGAUCAGGGCUUAUACACUUGUCAGGCCUCCAACCAAAAGGGGACUGCAGAGAGCUCUGCCUACAUUUGGGUCAACAAUGCAUCUGAAACCGCAUCCAUGGAGAUUCCUACCCUGGCAUGCACGUGUGUCGCGGCAACUUUCCUGUGGCUUCUUUUGACGCUCCUGAUCCGAAAACUACGACAGCCCAACAGCUCUCAGAGCAAAGCCGAGUACCUGUCGAUCAUCCUUGACUCUGGAGACGGUCCGAUCGAUGAGCGGUGCGAGCGACUUCGAUACGAUCCCGACCAGUGGGAGUUCCCUAGAGACCGUCUAAAAUUAGGCAAGAAUUUGGGCAGAGGAGCCUUCGGAAAGGUGGUGCAGGCAUCUGCAUUUGGGAUAGAUAACACUUCCAGUUGCAGUACAGUGGCUGUGAAGAUGCUUAAAGAGGGCGCCACAGUCAGCGAGCACAAAGCCCUGAUGACCGAACUGAAGAUCCUCAACCACAUUGGACACCACCUUAAUGUCGUGAACCUGCUGGGAGCUUGUACUAAACCGGGAGGGCCGCUGAUGGUCAUCGUGGAGUACUGUCGCUACGGAAACCUGUCCAGCUUUCUGAAGAGCAAACGAGAGGUUUUUGGGGUAGAAACUAGAACAUCCAAAGAGAGGCUUUGUGAUGGCCAGACAACGACGCAUGAUGAUGACUCAAGCGCGCCGUUAUUCCUGGAAGAUCUCAUCUCCUUCAGCUUCCAGGUGGCUCGAGGAAUGGAUUUCCUGGCAUCCCGCAAGUGCAUUCAUCGAGACCUUGCGGCCCGAAACGUUUUGCUGUCUGACAACGACGUGGUGAAGAUCUGCGACUUCGGCCUGGCCAGAGAUAUCUACAAAGACCCCGAUUAUGUGCGCAAGGGAGAUGCUCGCCUUCCUCUGAAGUGGAUGUCUCCAGAGUCCAUCUUUGAUAAGGUGUUCACCACUCAAAGUGACGUGUGGGCUUUUGGUGUCCUGCUGUGGGAGAUCUUCUCUUUGGGGGGGUCUCCUUAUCCCGGCCUGCACAUCGACGAGGAGUUCUGCCGCAGACUGAAGGAUGGAACCAGGAUGAGAGCGCCACAGUUCAGCACGGCCGAAAUUUAUGGCAUCAUGCUAGCCUGCUGGGAAGCCGAACCUACCGAGAGACCCUCUUUCUCAGACCUGGCAGACACGUUGGGAGACCUGCUUCAAUCAAUGGUGCAAAAAGACGGGAAGGAUUACAUUCCUCUGGGCUCUCGUUUAGAAUAUUCCAAUGACAGCAAACCCAUCCCAGAAAAGCCUUUUGCUGUCACAAAUUUAAGUUACAUGCGUGCCGCCGUGGACACGUUUGAAGAGAUGCCCUGCGUUGACAAGCGUCUUGGAUCUGAGGAGGGCGACAGCGGAAUGAUCCUCCCAUCAGAGGAGCUGCGGCGAGUGUCGUGGAGGAACAAUGAAGCUCCGCGUCCCCAUGGCGACGGGUUGGUCCAAGGGGGUUUGGAAAGGGUCAUCUCUCCUCAUCCUGACGACAACUCCCAACCGUUAUGUUUUUAGAAAAGUGUAACAAUUACAGCUUGUGGUUGUAUUGGUACCUCGUAUCGUGCUGAAAGGCAGAAAGUUGCUCCUUUUACACUGAAAUUAUAUGCUGGAUAUCGAAUUGUACCUCUACUUACGAAAUUAAUUGGUUCUGGAAGUAGUUUCGUAACUUGAAAAUUCUGUAAGUAGAGACACGUUUUCCAUGUAAAAUUCAGACAUAAAUAUUUUAUAAUUCAUAAUAAUGCAUCAAGACAUGCAACAAAUACAUGCAAACCACUAAUGUAAACACUCUUGUAAAGCUGUCGGACACGAGGGGCGAAUGGAGACGCUGGGAUGCACACAUACAGUAGAGGUCCCUCUUAGAUAAUUGGAUGCUAGAAAUGCUGGGCAAUAGCUAAUGGUAAAGCAGUUAUAAUAAGUAUAUUACGUUCAGUAAAGGAGUUGCGAGUGCCAGCUACACUAUAUUUUGCCUUUCGUAUCCUGAAAUUUCUUUCAUUACAAGAGGCAAUAUUUUCCUGUUAAGGUGUGUCUUAACCUCAAAAUUCUGUAUGUAGAGACCUUCGUAAGUAGAGGUACCACUGUAGCGUAUAUGUGUGAGUGGCUAUGUCACAAUUUUGUAGGAUUUCAUACAAAACAUUAUAGUAAAACAUGUAUGUGUAUAUUAAACAAUGUUUACUAAAAGAAUAUUCAUCAUAAUGCUGUAAUGGUAAAACGCCCAUUGAGACAUGGUCAUUUUUUAAAGGGAAAAAAAAUCUUUUAAAUGGGAAAAACGCCUUACGGUGUAUGGUCAUUCUUCUUCCUACCAUACAAGGUCAUAUUUCAUAUUGUAU